AGUACCGCAGGUGAUCAUGAGCAUUCAGCGAAACUCUCACGCAGUGCAGUGCACAGCAAAUGCAAGUGGAGAAAUGGGAGAAAGAAGUCAUAAUCAAGUGCAAGGGCUUCCUCCACCACCGUAUGACACGCUGCAUGAUCAAGGUCCAAGACCAAGUGCUCCUUUUCGAGGGACAGAUUUUGGUGGAGCCGGGGUCAAUCCACAGCAGCCAAGGGAGAAUGCUCCACUGCUACCAGACACUCCUGAAGUGAAUGCAGGAACGGAAGUGUUCAGUCUAGAGAAGUUUGUGUUUCUAUGGCUAGGAAUUGGUCGUAAAUAUUCUGGACUGUGCCUUGUGGUGUUUAUGCUCCUAUUUUCCUGGGGCAUUGGCAUAAUUGUUGUGACAGUAAUAGUGAUUAUCGAAACCAACCCUAAUCCUUAUGAUGUCUGUAAACUACAACAAGCUUAUAUUUUGUGCCUUGCUUCUGGAGUCCUAUUUAUUUUGAUUGGAAGUUGCUGGCCAAUUGCUUAUGGUUGGAAAAGAAGACAAAGUGGCAACUUCACAAUGCUGGGCUGCUACUCUUGGCUUUUGUCAGUACUGAUUGUGUCUUGUAUGGCAGCAAUGAGCCUGGAACUGUAUGAGCAACGUGAAGCCCUUUUGCAUGGAAUAAGUGAGUGUCCGUCUCAAAAGCAGCUUGAAGGUUACCAGCUUUUAAUCCCACUGAUUGUUGCUAGUACUAUGGCAGCUGUUGUUUUGAUGUUUUUGUGCUCUAGUGUUUGUUGUUUGUGUUGUUGUAGCAAAAAAACUGGUAGAAUUUGUUAGAAGUUGUACUAUCUAUAUCGCUCAUGAUUUUUGAUUGUGUGUUGAAACUGCAA